AUUUGCAACAUGGUCUUCUUCUCCAAUAUUUGGAAGCUUCCUACGUGUAUACAUAUACAAGUCGGCUACCGCAUUGUGAUCAGUUUGGCUUUGGGUGUAAACAUGGUUGAUACAACUACUGAGCCGAGAACUGGACUCUCUCCAGCUGAUGUGGCGAACAUGUCACUGAUUGAGUUGAUUGACUGCCUGGAAAGUCUGGGAGAUACAAGCCAAUUUGGUACUCGUUUUCAGUACCAAAACAGAAUCUUUCAGCUGAUUCACGAGUGCUAUGGCAUGAGUGACAAGUUACCUCCUAUUGCAAGAGUAAAAGACAUUGUCACUGACUUUAAAGAAGAGAGAGUCAGACUUGACAAUCUUAUCGAUGAAGUGGCCAAAUUCAUAUACAAUGAAGAACUGUCCUUACCAUUAUUGAAGAAACUGGGGAUAUGUCAAACUAGUUUCUGGAUAAAAGAGGAUGAAUUUUUGAAAUGA